AUGUCUUCAAGCAACACAAGUCAUGAGGCCUCUAAAGAAGUUGACACAUUUAAUGAUGCGGAACGCUCCGAAAGGAACGAUCCAGUGGUCACUGCUACCAAGCCAGAUCUGCCCCCAGAAGGAGGCACUCGGGGAUGGAUUUGUGUGGUUGGUGCAUUCAUAUGCCUAUUUUGCACUUUCGGCUUUUUGAAUGCAAUCGGUGUCUUCCAAACAUACUACGAACAGCAUGCUCUCAGCAACUAUAGCUCUUCCGACAUCUCAUGGAUCUUUGCAGUCCAAUUAUGUUUGAUGUGGGCAAUGGGGCCCCUCUAUGGCCGUCUUCUCGAUACCUUUGGCCCUGGCCCAGUGCUCUACCCGUGCAGUGUGCUCUGUGUGUUUGGUCUAUGCAUGACAAGCCUGGCAGAUGAGUACUAUCAAAUCUUUCUUGCGCAGGGCGUCGUUUUUGGAAUCGGUGCCGGGGGUGUUUUUACAUCUGCGAUGGUCUGUGUCGGCCAAUGGUUUGUCAAGAGGAGAGGGCUGGCUCUCGGUAUCACGGCGUGUGGCUCGAGCUUAGGUGGUGUUAUUUUCCCGUUCUUCGUGAAUCGUAUUGUUGAGGAGAAGGGCUUCUAUGGAUCUGUCCGCUACACCGCAUUGUUCAUUGGAAUUCUGUUGACAGGCUCUUGCUUCAUGGUGAAAUCCAGGCUCCCGCGAAAACCAUGGAAUGGAAAAGCACAGUGGUUCGACUUCACCUUAUUCAAGGAAAAGCAAUUCGCUCUUUACAGUCUGGGAGCCUUCUUUGUUAUGUGGGGACUCUGGGGUCCAUUUGAUUACCUCCCAGGCAUGGCUCAAACAGAGGCUUCGUUCUCUUCGGAUCUUGCACUUUAUCUCAUUUCAAUCAUCAAUGCGACUUCUAUACCAGGCCGCAUAAUUCCUCCCCAUAUCGCAGAUCAUAUCGGUCAUUUCAAUGUUGUCACCACAUGCGCCUUCGCGAUUGGAAUCUCAAUUCUGUGCCUCUGGCUACCCUUCCAUUAUCACCCAUCUCAUGCGGGCCUGAUCAUUUUUUCGCUCAUAUACGGAUUCGUAUCAGGGGCUGUUGUCUCUCUGCUCAUGCCCUGCGUUGCUAAAUCUGGGAAGUUGGAGACACUAGGUGUCCGAUUUGGAACAUUCCAAAUGGUUGUUGCUCUUGGCUGCCUGACAGGCCUUCCUAUAAUGGGUGCAAUUCUGAAGAAUCAAGGUGGAAGCAACUUCGCCGGGCUGGAAAUUUUUGGUGCGGUUUCUUCGCUACUUGGCGCGACUUUCCUGGCUAUGUCGACUUAUUAUAUGGCCAAGUCGCGCGGGACUUGGCGAAUCUAA